AUGAUUGGGAUCGACAUUGGGAAUCAGUCUUCCUUCGUCGCCGUCCUGAAGGAUGGUGGUGUCGAAACGGUGGAUAAUGACUACAGUUUGAGAGCAACUUCAUCAGUGGUCGCCUUCUCCUCGAAGAAUCGCAUUCUCGGCGUCGCCGCUGCAAAUCAGCAAACGUCCAAUUUGACGAAUACAAUUUCCUCCUUUAAACCCCUCCUUGGCUGGCGGUGGGAAGAUUUCUUCGUGCUAGACGAGCUUCAGCGGGUGCCUUAUAAACUGGUCCCUCAUCCGAGUGGGGGUGUGGCGGUGCAAGUCUGCUAUUUCGGUGAGGAGCGGGUCUACUCCAUAGAAGAUAUCACGGCCAUGCUCCUCACCGGAUUGAAAGAAACGACCGAGACGGUGUUAAAGAGUGUGAUAAAAAAUUGCGUGAUGGCGGUGCCAUCCUAUUUCACAGACCCGCAGCGCCGUGCUCUCCAAGCCGCCACAAAAAUUGCGGGCAUUAAUGUUCUGCAACUUUUGAGUGAACCGGCAGCGGUAUCCUUGGCAUACGGGUAUUACCGGGAAGAUCUCCCGGGCGAGGAUGAAGCCCCUAGAAAUGUGGCGUUUGUUGACUGCGGUCACUUGAGUUUACAAGUUUGGGUAUGCGCCUUCAACGAAGGAAACCUCAAGAUCUUGACUUCCGAUUCGUCACCAUCAAUUGGCGGAAGGGAUUUUGAUUCAUUACUAGCGCACCAUUUCUGCACCGAAUUUCAAAACAAGUACAAAAUCCAACCGGAAACGAACCGUCGCUCUUAUGCCAGACUGUUAACCGAAUUGGAGAAAGUGAAGAAAAGCAUGUCCUCAAAUGCAGGCGUUCUUCCCCUCAAAAUUGAAUCCCUCCUGGACGAUAGAGACGUUUCUGGCAAGAUAUGUCGAGCCGAGUUUGAAACGAUGAGCCAAUCUUUGUUCAAGAGAGUGGAAACCACAUUACAAAAUUGUUUGAAUAAUUCAAAGCUACAGCCGAGGGACAUUCAUUCCGUAGAAAUUGUGGGUGGGACAACCCGCAUCCCGGCGAUUAAGGAUCUGAUCUCGAAAGUAUUUAAGAAGUCCGUCUCAACAACCCUCAACCAGGACGAAUCGGUGGCGAAAGGGUGUGCUUUGCAGUGUGCAAUACUCUCCAAGUCGUGUGGAAUUAAACCGUUUAAAGUUCAGGAUAUUCAAUAUCACUCAAUUAGAAUUGUUUGGGACGAAAGUUUGCAAGAAGAUGGGUGGAAAGAAGUUGUCCCACUUAACGGUCCUGUCCCAUAUUCUGACUCCGUCACUUUGCAUAAGCAAGGGAACAGCUUCAAAUUUAAAGUGAUGUGCCCACUUCAAGAAAUCGGGGAUUAUUCCGUCAAUAACUUUGGCUACGAAGUUGGUGACACGACCGAGCUACGCCUCGACGUGGGGAUAAAUACUGACGGAAUUUUUAGUCUCAAUCAAGCCACUGCGUUUCACAAAAAUGAUGAAUGUGUUAAAAAGAGGGCCCGAAUCAAAAGCAGCUUAAAACUAGAUCGUCUCCCCAUUACUGCAAAAAGGCCAGGCUUGACGGAGCAAGAUGUUCAAGACAUAACAAAGAUUGAGAACGAAAUGAUUGCUCUCGACCGUAAAGAGAGGAGCAGGCUGGACGUUAAGAACGAGCUUGAGGAAUAUCUUUACAAAUUGCGAGACAGGACGCGAGACGAUUCCCAAGUUGAUAUUCCCGAUCUAGAAAUGUUACAAAAUUGGCUAUAUGAGGAUGGGUGUGACGAGCAGGAGGAAGCUUAUCAUGUCCGUCUACGGGUGCUGAAGGAAAUAUAUGACAUCAUAGUCGAAUCCGACGCGUGGAAAUUGGCUCUAAUCCAGAUGGAAAUUUCGAUUAAGGAAGCUCGCAAAAUUGUCGCGAUUCGCCUGGACAGGAAUGACUUUCGCUAUGGAAAUUUGCACUCUGACGACGUGCAUAAAUUAAUGGAGACAAUUGCGAAUUCACAGCGGUGGUUGGACGAUGUAAAAUCGAACAGCAGUUUCAGGCCUACGUUGUAUGGAAUUGUGUGGCACCGAGUAUCCUUUGAUGACGAGGUAAAGUCGUUGAUCGACGGGCAAAAGCCAGUUGCGAUUGGGCGACAAGAAGGGGAAGGUGAGAAGAUAUCAGGACCAGACGAAAUGGAGGUUGACGACUGAAUGGGUUUUGCACUAAAGCAAUAAUAUCUGUCUGUAUUUAAUAUUUUCUUAAAUUUCUGAAAAUAAUCUUUCACAGAUUAUAGUGCAUAGAAUUAAAUACGUAGGUAUCUAUGUACAUAUGCAGCUUUGGUAUAUUUUGAAGAAUAUUUAAAUAACUUAUCGAAUAUGAAAUCCUAUUAUUUGUC